UGCACGCACUCUCACUGACCCGGUGCUCAGCAGCCUUCCGCUCCGGAAGCUAGCUCGCUCUCCGGCCAGCCACCACCCCUCCACCUAACAAUGGCGGCCGCCGUGGCCCUACUCCUGCUCUCUGCCCUCGGCGGAGCGGCGGCGCAGGUGUUCCCGCCGUGGAACGGCACGUUCCCGAUGGGGCCUGGCUUCGGAGGCGGGAGCAGCGGCGGCGGGGGCGCGGGCGCGGCGGCGGCGGGGACGCUCGUGCCGGCGAUGUUCGUGUUCGGGGACUCGCUGACGGACAACGGCAACAACAACGACCUCAACUCGCUUGCCAAGGCGAACUACCCGCCCUACGGCAUCGACUUCGCCGGCGGGCCCACCGGCCGCUUCUCCAACGGCUACACCAUGGUCGACGAGAUUGCUCAACUCCUGGGCCUGCCGCUGCUGCCGUCGCACCCGGACGCCUCGAGCGGCGACGCGGCGCUGCACGGGGUGAACUACGCGUCGGCGGCGGCGGGGAUCCUGGACAACACGGGGCAGAACUUCGUGGGUCGCAUCCCGUUCAACCAGCAGAUCAAGAACUUCGAGCAGACGCUGGACACCCUGAGCAAGCACCUGGGCGGCGCCUCCAAGCUGGCGCCGUCGCUGGCGCGGAGCAUCUUCUACGUCGGGAUGGGCAGCAACGACUACCUCAACAACUACCUGAUGCCCAACUACAACACCCGCAACGAGUACAACGGCGACCAGUACUCCACGCUGCUGGUGCAGCAGUACGCCAAGCAGCUCGGCACGCUCUACAACCUCGGCGCGCGCAGGUUCGUCAUCGCCGGCGUCGGGUCCAUGGCGUGCAUCCCCAACAUGCGCGCGCGGAGCCCCGUCAACAUGUGCUCCCCCGACGUCGACGACCUCAUCAUCCCGUUCAACAGCAAGGUGAAGGCCAUGGUGAACACCCUCAACGCCAACCGCCCCGGCGCCAAGUUCAUCUACGUCGACAACUACGCCAUGAUCUCGCAGGUCCUUCGCAACCCAUGGUCCUACGGGUUCAGCGUGACGGACCGUGGCUGCUGCGGCAUCGGGAGGAACAGGGGGAUGAUCACCUGCCUGCCGUUCCUGCGGCCGUGCCUCAACCGGCAGGCCUACAUCUUCUGGGACGCCUUCCACCCGACGGAGCGGGUGAACGUGCUGCUCGGCAGGGCCGCCUUCAGCGGCGGAAACGACGUUGUGUACCCCAUGAACAUCCAGCAGCUCGCAGCAUGGCAGCCGUAGUAGACACGGUUUUACGGCCUGAUGUCAAGCUGUCGAUCGAUGCGUGGUUUUGCAGCGGUAGUGUGUUGUGUGUGCAUGUGUGGGUGAGGUGUACAAGAUGUAUGGUCAUGAGUAGGAGGGAGCUGAGCGGAGUUAUGGUACGGUUCGUGUGCGUCCAGUGUCCUGUUGUUUGUGGUCAAAAUCGUGUCUCUCUGUUGUUUUUUUGGACCAUCAGCCAUCAGUGUUUGUUCGUUUGGUUCCUGUACUGCAUAUCACGGAGAUCAGUAUGUAGAGUUAUUUUCCUGUGUGGUUGUCUCCA